AUGUCCACGACCUUCACUAUCCAGGUGUACAACUACAGUGGCGCGCCACGCAACUAUCUUCUCUUCCAGACUGUGCCCGUUCCCGAUGGCCAGCCGGAUAUCUUUGCCAACGUCUACCAGUCAUCUGGACAAAUUUCGAGCGGUUAUGACUCCCAGGUCACCUUCGAGAUGACCGAUGAGUUCUUUGCGGUGCUGGGAAUGAACCCUACUCCGCUCGCCGACAAGGUCAAGGUCACCACGGGUUCCGCAGCGUCAGUCACCCUUUCUAGUGGUGAAACGCCCCCGGAGCAGCACGGCACCCUGUUAUCCCAGUUGGCAGAACCCAAUAUCUUCAUUGGUAUGGGGGCUCGGGAUCCUUCCACCCAGGGCAUCAUCCCGGUGGCAACCGUGCCCGCAAGUCCCAACUACGAUUUCUACUUUCAGCCAAUCGUCAAGUACUACAUUGGCACUGGUGACUAUGAGCCCGGAACCGUGGUCAACAUCACGGAGAUUGGACCAGUUUUGGAAGUGGACUUCACCCAACUACCCGGAACCACGGCCGUCUACACCCAGGGCCGGGACAAUAAUUACACCCCGGGUCCCCCGUCUGAUAGCGAGGCUGCCAAAGGUCACAAGAAGAAGUAA